AUGUUUUCUGGUAGCCACAAUUACAGACUAAUUCAAGUUAAUCAUAAAAAAUUUGCAUUAGUUAGAACAGAUCUACAAAUAAGAUCAUUUUCAGUAUAUUCAGUUCCAAGAUUUGUUUUUCAUGCAAUGCGAAUACCUGCAGCUGGUUUUACAUUAGGGGUUGGUGGUUUGACAUAUGCAAAUUAUAAAUUUAAUGGUAAGUCAAAUAUAUUUUAUGAACAAAAUGAAAAUUCUGAAAUACUUGGAUCUCUAACGAAUGGUGUAAAGUCUGCAAUAGGAUCAAUUGGUGGAUUAACAAAUAUGAAUGUUGGAAUAGAAAUACCCGGUUUUGUAAAAAAUAUGUUUUCUAAAAAUCCAACUCAAUCAAAAUCAUCGUCAAAUUCAUUCAAGGCUGAUUCAGAUAGACCAAAGUUUAUCAAAAAGGAGGAUGAAGGCGAUUCAGAAUCAUCUAGUGGUGGUAAUAGUGAAAAAGAUAAUGAUGAGAAUGAUGGUGAAGAUUCUGGAGCACAUAAAAAUAAACGUGGUAUUCCAGCACAAGAUGAUGAAUUCAUGGUGCUUACAAAAAAAUUGAUAGAAGUUCGUAAUAUUUUAAUGAGCAUUGAUCAUAAAGAGGCAUUAAAAUUACCAAGUAUUGUAGUAAUUGGUAGUCAAAGCUCUGGUAAAAGUUCUGUAUUAGAAGCAAUUGUUGGUCAUGAAUUUUUGCCAAAGUAA